GACUGCAAGUGUAUUUACUGUGCUUGUGCACAGGAAUGAACCAGCAUAGUUUAUAGAGCUGUCAGAAAACUCAAACCAAGGUCAUUGUUUUAGGACCCUCAGGACCAGAGCUGUGCACCCCUGCCUUAAAAUCCCCACCCUGGUCAAAAUCAACAGAUUACUCAGCCUAAGGACGUGAAGUCAACGGUCAAAUUAAACAGUGUUAGAGCGAAAACAAUACUUUGUGCAGUUUUCUUAAUCUGUCUAAAACUGAAAACACUGUAAACACAUGCAACUAGCUGGCACAUUGAUAAGAGAGUACCAUCCCCAUCUACCUAUUUUGUAAAACGCAAUGCAAUAUAACCACCGGCGCCCCUUGGUAUGAUGGCAUUCAACUCCCUGGCGCAGCUCGCGAGUUCUUGCACGGCUGCAGCUCCCGCCGAAGUCUAACUGCACCUGGGGACACACAGAGCUGCUGUCAUGGCGAUGAAAGACAUUCUGAAGGCUGAGGACAUCAAGAAGGCGAUGGAUGCGUGUAAAGUGGCAGACACUUUUGACCAUAAGAAGUUCUUUGAGAUGGUGGGUCUGAAGACUAGGUCUACCGAUGACCUGAAGAAGGCCUUCCUAGCUCUGGAUGUGGACAACAGCGGCUUCAUAGAGGAGGAGGAGCUUAAGUUUUUCCUGAAAGGGUUCGCCACAGACGGUCGAGACCUGACCGACAAAGAAACGAAAGCGUUCCUACGUGCAGCGGACAAGGACGGAGACGGAAAAAUCGGCAUGGAAGAAUUUGCAGCUAUGGUGCGCGAGUAGCAAACACACCCCAGACUGUGUAGCGCUCCACCCCCGCCGCCCCCCCUCCCCCCCACAACUCACUCUUCCUCAGUUGUCCCUAACCACACCACCUAUCAUGUCACUCUCACUUAGGCCCCGCCCUCUGCACCACGACACACUGGACCACAGAACAGUGGACAGAACUGGGGUCCUGAUAUUUUCAUCCCAUUUUUAAACACUUUUUUUAAAAAUACAAACACAUUAUGAAUCUCUUUAUUUAUCUGUGUCACACUGUUUGUCUGCAGGCUAAAAAAUAUUGUAGGUAUGUAAAAAAAAAGAAGAUAUUCUCAUUUUCUUUUCUUUUUUCAUUUUAUUGUAUUCCAUGUCACCUCCUCCCUCCCCACACCCCCCUCCUGGUGUGCUGAGCUGAUGUACAAAUACUAAUUGCCGAAAGGACAAAUCCAAGCUGUAUAGAGAAGAAAUAAGACAAUAAAAAUAAAAAUAAAAACACCUAGACUAA